AUGCCCCAAUCCCAUUCUUCGUCCGUCUAUCUGGCCGCGCCUAGCCUAGGAUCGCUACGGAAUGUGGUCGAAUAUAACUUCCUCUCAAACUUAAUGGAUGCCAACUGGAAUGCAACUACCGCCCAGUUUCCAGCUUGGCUACCAGACACCUAUGCCAGCUUCUACCGCCAAGUGCUCGGUGUGCAGAUGUCAGUCACAGUGAUGGCAAUUUAUUUCAUUUUUGUUAUUGGAGGGAACCACCUCAACCAAAAACGGGGAUAUCAUCGUUGUUCCUGGACAGAGAGCAGGCUAUUCCAGCGACUGGCGCUUCUGCACAACGCUGUUUUAGCAAUCUUUUCCACUGUGGUGUUUGCCAAGGCUGUGCAAAUUAUCUACCGAGGGCUGCCCGACUAUGUCAACCCAGAGUAUGGAGCGCGAAUGGCGGAUUACCUGUGCCGAGUUCAAGCGCCUCUGUGGACCACCGAGGGACGACAGGAUGGGCUCUGGUCCGAAUUUGGUGGCUUAGCAGAGAUCUUCUGUUUAUCCAAAUACUACGAGCUGCUGGACUCAGCCAUUAUAUUUGCCGCUGGCCGACGUCUCACCAACCUACACAUUUUUCAUCACGCUGGAGUGAUAGUCUGUGCAUGUCUAAUGUGGCAGCUGGCAUCACCUCACGCGCUUAAUGGUCAGUAUAAGGAAUACUAA